UUAUCUUGCAUGUGAUAAGAUGACACGCCUACAAAGGUUAGCCAAUCAAAAGCUACGUAUGUAUCAGGCAGUAGCAUUGACCAAUCACGAGCCGCUGACGUGGCAUGAGGUCCAAUUCUACCAUCCCUGUCGGGCCUGAUAUCGGGGUAUUUCAUUUUAUCCUCAGCUCUGGAGCAAGUCAUACAAACGUUUCUCGUCGAAUUACAGGGCAGUGAUUUCACGAUUUAUGCAGUUUUAUAAUCGCCAUCGACAUUUAUUUAAUCAGACCUGACAUAUCGCUAGAUUUAUUUCAAGAACAAACUGAUUGCUACGUUCCAUCUUUCGUUUCAAGAGGAGAAGAUGGCGAUAAGGAUCUUGGUUUUGAAUUUAAUUUGCAUUACAUCCCUUGUUUUUCAGGGAGCUAUUCUGUCUGUCUCUGGAGUUGAAACUUUAUCUUAUACAAGCGAACAUACAUUUUAUGCUGCUGAAAAUCGCGCAUUAAGAGAAUUUACAUAUGCUAUUAAAACUGUGCGAUCUCGUGUCAUCUGCGGACGUGAAUGCAGCAUGGAUGAACAUUGCAAGUCGUUUAACUUCAACGAAUGCAGUAAAAUGUGUGAGUUGAACCUUCUUACAAGACGAGAGCAUCCCAAAGACUUCAUUGCAACUCAAGGGAGUGUGUAUUUUGAUGCAGAUGAGGACACACCUCUCUACUCACUGGCUGAUAGCUUCUUGAUUCGCUACCGAAGUUGCAAGAUGCUCUUAGAUGCCGGUUAUCAUUCAAGUGGUAUCUACACAAUCUACCCAGAGGGAUUCGGUAAACACAGUCUUCGUGUCUACUGUGACAUGGAAACUGACGGUGGAGGAUGGAUCGUGUUUCAGAGGCGACAAGAUGGCAGCGUGGACUUCUACCGUAACUGGGCCGAGUACCAGUCUGGCUUUGGCGAUCUGUCCGGUGAGUUCUGGUUGGGCAAUGACAACUUGGUGACUCUGACGUCUAAUGAUUCACAAGGAACAUGGGAGCUACGCGUUGAUUUAGAGGACUGGGAGGGCAAAACAUCAUGGGCGAAGUACCCAGACUUCCAAAUAUCUCCGGGUAACUACAAUCUGAAUAUCGGUCGACACGAUGCCAGCAACACUGCCGGUGACUCUCUCAGGCGUCACAGAGGGCAUCCCUUCUCAACAAAGGAUCGUGACAAUGAUGUAUCGGAGCGAAAUUGUGCACAAUCCUACCACGGCGCCUGGUGGUUUAGGAGUUGUUUGCUCUCCAACUUGAAUGGUCGAUAUUAUCCAGAUGAGCACGCAGCUGGUGAUCGUUUGGGCGUCUGUUGGCAAUCCUGGAAAGGCGAUUUCUAUUCUCUGAAAGCCUGUCAGAUGAAAAUUCGUGCGAUGGGACCAUAA